AUGGAAACCCCUCGUGAGACUACGGGGCCGCUAGAGGGACCUGUGAAUCAGACCACAACCCCUUUGGACGUACAGGUGCAUCAUAGGCGAGAAUCUUCCCUCGAACUAGACAGCUUAGACGUGGGCGAAAUGCUUUUAGAUUCAAUUAAUCAGCGCAGAGAGGCUACAGGACACAAAGAGGCAUUCGCAUUGAGUCGCCUGGCUCUUCAGAUGAACCAAACUGAGAUCCCAUAUGCAAAUAGCCAACGGCCUUUACGGACCUCAUCACCCGUAGUACCUUUACCGGAGAAUAAUCAAGCAACCGCGGCGCAUAUAAAUGGCGAGGAUGGCUUGUUUGUUCCUGGAUCAGACUAUCUGACCUUGAAUCAGCCCCUCUCAGAUGAACUACCGUCUCUGACUGAUCAACAAAUGGCCCUUAUGCUCCAGGACUUCAAUGAAACGUUCCCUAUCCAAUCGCCGUCGCAAGGCCUACCUCACCCAGAUCCCAACGCAUCGCAAACGGGAAAGGGAAGAGUAACGGUCCUCGUCAAUGAUGGUGAAAACCAAGGACCGUCUAGAUCUCCUUCGGUUCAUCAAUUUCCCGGAAUUCCAGAUGACACUGAAGACCAAGAAUGCCCCCCAGAGUGGCCUGAAGAGGAACUCGAAAGAAGCGCACGAGCGGACAUGUCAAAAGCAAUGUUCCAUGCUGUUGAGCGCUGGUACAAGGGACUUGAUAAAGUAUCCAUAAAAGAUGAGAUAUGCUACGAAGCAGCAAAACAACAGGAACAUGCCCGCAAGAUUAGGGUCGACAACAGAAAGGCUUUGGAGAAACAGGUCGAAUUCAGCUACUCCGACUUGGACGAGCCAGAUGCCUCCACUUCCAGGCAGCCUCCCGCUGAGCAAGAAACCGGAAGCUCUGAUAAGCUUAAUGACAAGCCUCGGCCAAAGAUAAGACGGAGUAACAGGAUCUCGGCUGAGGAAAAAAGAAAAAGCAAGUCAUUUGGUCUGGACUUUGCUCUUGGGAGUAAGACGAAAAGGGAGCUGCCCCCGAAGAGAUCUCGAAAACGCAAGGCAGAAGGCUUUGACUUUAAACCCACGCCCAAGAAAAGGUCGAACCGAGUGAACUUAGAAGCAAAGCAGUAUCUAGAAGCCCUUCUUGCAUCAACGGUUAUCCCAGACGCCCAUGAAAAUGCUUCACUGGCCGCGAUACCUGAUUCCGUUGACAAGGAUAAGAUGAAAGCACUCACAAGACUUGUUGCUAGCAUUCCUAGUGCGGAUCAAGACGAGGCUAAAUCCGACAAGAAGAAGGUCCUCAUAGCAACUAAGAAGUUCACAAGCCCUGCAAGGAGUGAUGGAAAACUUGGAUGGAAGCUCAAGGGCCUCAAUACAAGCUUGUAUCAUUAUCAGCUCUUAGGGGCAGCUUUCAUGCGUGACCGCGAGAACUCACCAGAGGGACCUUUUGGUGGACUAUUAAGUGAUAUAAUGGGGUUCGGGAAAACAAUCCAAGCCCUUGCAAAUAUUGUAGAUGGAAAGCCACCUGAUCCGGAGGACCCUGUGAGAACAACGCUCAUUAUUGUUCCCUCACAACUAGUCACUCACUGGAAAGUCCAAAUUACAAAACAUUGCGACAGAAAGGCUAUAGGAGAAGUCCUCAUAUACAAAGCGAAUUCGCGACUGGAGACUCUCGAUACAGUGGGGAGUCUUGAGAGAUAUGACGUUAUAAUCACAACCUACGAUGAGGUCAGGAGGUCCUAUCCACGGAUAAAAGUUCCAGACAAUGCGAUGAGCGACGACAAGAUCAAGGAGUGGUGGGAUGAAUCUUACGAGACGGAAGUUGGCCCACUACAUCAAAUCAAGUUCCACCGGAUUAUCCUUGACGAGGGCCACAUCAUUAAAAAUCACCUUUCGUCAGUAUCCAUUGCUGUUCGCGCUCUGACCGGCCAUUAUAAGUGGAUUAUAAGUGGUACUCCGGUGCACAACUAUCUGGAAGAAUUAUAUCCACUUUUCGACUUUCUUAGUGUUCCACGAAUUGGGGACGUAGGUCACUUCAUGAAAAGCUUUUGUAGUGACGAGCAUGGCCAUGGACGUCUCGUGAAUUUGCUGCGAUCUUUCUUGUUUCGUCGGACCCACAAAAGCCGGCUCUUCUCAUUGCCAGUUAUCAAGCUACCUGAUGUCGGCGAAAUAACAGUCCGAGUGAAAUUUUGCAGUAUCGAAAGAGAACUCUACAACGCGAUAUCAGAGUUGUUCAUAGAAAACAUUAACGGUUGUGCACGUUCGGGCCAGCCUAAUCUGGCCCAAUACAGAUGUUUCCUGUCGAUGAUUUUGAUGCUGCUCAAGAGGUUGCUGUCAGAGGGAUAUCUGAUAAAGAAACUUUCCAGAAUUGCCAAGGAAACUGGGGAUCGAGAUGAUCAGAGAAUAGUCUUGAAGAUCGUCUCAGUGCGAAGGAACACAACGGUGCUUAAUGACCGUGAGAAUGAAGAUUUCGGUCAAUGUCUCGAAGAGCUUCGUGGAGACAAGGUGCUUCAUGAGAAUGAAAACUGGGAUGAAAGACUGGAAAGGACCAAUUGCCCGACAUGCGAAUUUGUACCCGUGAACCCUGUGAUCACAUCAUGCAAGCACUUGUAUUGUGAGGAGCGUUACUACUCCUUACUGACUGACAAGAGCACAGCGCUUGGAAUACCUAUCUGCCAACGUUGCCUCGAACCAAUAGAGGAGGCCGCUUACUUUGAAGAACAGAUGCUCAAGCAGGCGCAGUCUGCAACGCCCACGCCGUCGGCAGCAAACCACAAGGGAAAGAAACCGGCGAAAGCAAAGACGACAAAGAAAGGACCUGGAAGCAGCAUGCACGAAGAGGGGGAUGCUGACGAGGAUACAGACUGGAUUAAGGCAUGCACCCCGCACAUGCCGAGUGCUAAACUCACGAUGAUACGCGAGAUCCUUGCUGGGUGGCUUGCAGAGGACACCUCAAGCAAGGUAGUGAUCUUUACUCAAUUCUUGGACUUUGUCCGGAUCCUGGCUGCUAUGUGUAAAAUGGAAGGAUGGCCAUUUGCCUGCUUGACUGGUAAAAUGCAUCUAGCAGCUCGCGAAGAGAGCAUGAGAAUUUUCAGCGACAAAGAGGGUGAAGUGAGGAUUCUGGUCGCCAGUCUGAAGGCAGGAGGUAUAGGUCUUGACCUAUCCGCAGCCAACAAGUGCAUUCUUGUCGACCUGUGGUGGAAUGAAGCUAUUCAGGAGCAGGCCUUCUGCCGAUUGUUCAGAAUUGGACAAGAAAGUACAGUGCAGUUCGUCAAGCUCAUUGUUGAGAGCUCUAUCGACGAUUAUCUUCUCGACCUGCAGACACGGAAGACAGCGGGAAUUACCAGCACGAUGGGCGAAGAUGUUUUGAAGGACCGGGAUACAAUCGAAGACCUUCUUCGGAUGUUUGCACAUGUCGAGAAGGACUCUAAUGGAGUGUUCCACCUUCAAGCGAAGACAUCAUCAAGGGACGUAAAGAAGAACACUGGGUUUCGACCCUCGUUCGGUAUUUUCUGAACGAGCGACACAAUUCUUUUGGCUUUCUGUGUUCUAUAUCGAUAUUUGCAUCGUUGUCUCUCUAGUCUAAAGGCAUGCUUUGAACUGGAUUUUGCUUUCUGCUAUUUUGCAUGCUCGGCAGUGGUUAUGGCGGGAAAAUAGGGCGAGCUCUCCAGGAUAUGAUUUCAUUUGAUUUUCAUGCUGCAGUUUCACAUCCCAAUGGUCCCAUCUACAUUAUUCUUAAGUAUACUGCUUGAGCUCGGGGGCAAAUAUCUGACCAUUUAACGUAUCACAGGGUCUACCUUGAUAAUGACUCAGUCCAAUGAAGCACACU